GCGAAAUGCUGACACUGAUCCCAUAAACUACCGGGGAUCCCACCGGCGGGGAGAGAGGACUCAUCGAUCUCUUGGUCAGACAGCAUCCCAGCGAGAAGACUGGGGUCGCAGGCGCAGGUUUUUAUGGAAGUCACCAUACAUACGUCCAGCUCAGCAAGAUCCAGUUAUUCAACCUGAACCAAAAAAUUGGGGCUGGAUAAUGGCUCAUAGCGACUUUACUACAGCUAAAUACAGAGCUCCGGUUGCUGUUUAUUGUGGAAGUGUCCCCAAAAUGAAACCGGGAUACAUGUCUCUAAGAAACGGGAGCGUCGAUCCGGGUCUGCAGCUUUGCGGGAACCGAUGGGGAGCGGCUGAUGCAGCCGCAAUUCAGUCAACUCUAAGCAUCCAGAUGAAGAGGUCCUACUUGUGGGGUGGAAACGGAGACGAGCAUCAAGCUGACAUCCUGUUCCCACCUUUCGAUUUAGAGGGAAAGAAGGAUUAUUUUUCCACGGAGGAAAACGGUUCAAGAAACCAGAGGGAGCAAGAGGUGGACAGUGCGGCUUUAGAAACUGCCCGCCUCAAGGAUAAGCUAAAAAGAAAGAUGUCGGAAGGCUCUGGGACUAAGGGUGCUCCAACUGAUCUAUUUAGUCCAACAAGCCUUCCCCUGAAACCUGCUGUGUCAAAAAGUGCCUCACAAAGGUCACUAAAUGCCACAAAACCUUUCCCACCGAUACAACGGAGUCCACAGAGCACCCCGUCACUCCAAUCCUUCCGGCCAUUGGAGAACGGACAGGAGACGACGGAGGCCGUAGAUGAACAGCAGGACCAAGCCGUGGCGUCCUCAGAGCUGAAGCAUGUACGCAACAGUGCGGAGAAGAAGAGGAGUUUAUUAAUCCCUCUGAUUCCGAAAUCAUCUGCGAUUACACCUGAAAUAAAUCCCAAUGAUCCAACGGUGAGCUCUUCCAUGACCCUGCUGAGAAGACACUCACCAGACGCCAAGCAGGGGACUUCACAUAGAAGCUCAGAUCCAGACAACACUGAAGAGAAAGUUCAUUCAUCUUUUGAGAGACGGGAUUUGGAGGGCGCUGAUGAUAAAGAACCAUCUUUUGAAAUCGGCACGAAGAACCCGGAACACUCUUUGGAAGACAGACCAUUGAUGGCCAACAUCCCCAACUCGGGAAAAGACACGGAACUCUCAGAACUUGGCGAAGAAGGGAAAGAAAACACUGGGCGGAUAAAUUUUACCAUAUCCAAGUCCGCACAAGACAAGAUGCGCCAAAAACAGUUGGAAAUGGAGACGAUGCGCCAGGAGAAGCGGAGGAGCGAACAGCAGAUUUGGGAAAGGUUACAGCGUAUGGAUUCUGGAGAUCCUGCAGGAAUCACUUCAUUCCGGCUCAGUGGCGUUUCCACCGUCCCGGUGAUUAAUGACGCACGGAGGGCCGGUGCCAAUAAUACCCUAAAUAAAUGGGUGAGCCGGACCUCCCUCCCCAGCAUUCCCACCGCAGGCCAGGACUCCGCCGCCAACGAUUUCCGACAUUCCUCAGCGUACUCCUUGCCGGCGCAGUUUCUGGAGAACGCAGAGUGGGACUCUGACUCGGAGAACGGGGGGCCGGGGAUCGGUCCGAUGUCUCAUCCCGAGCAAGGCAUGAUUGAAGCUUUAAAGUGGCUCAACCACAAGGAUUGGGAACAAAAGGAGAAGGGUUUGCUCGGUGUGAGAUGUCUGGCCACCUGUCACCCCGACGUCCUCUUCACCAGACUCCAUGAUGUCUCCGUGGCGGUUACUAGAGAGGUGAGCAACCUUCGCUCCAAAGUGUCUCGCCACGCCAUCAAGGCUCUUGGAGACCUCUUCAAAGCUCUGAAAAAGAGCAUGGACCAAGAAGUGGAAGAGAUCACUCGCGUGCUGCUCCACAAGAUUGGGGACUCCAAUGACUUCAUUCGGGAGGAAUCCGACAGGGCUUUGGGGAUCAUGGUAGAAAACGUCAGCCCUUCCCGCGUUCUGGCAGCUUUGAUUGCCAGCGGAGCCAGCCAUCGGAACAGCUCCGUGAGAAAGUGCUCUGCCAAGCACCUCCUGGACGUGGUGGAACUCCUCGGAUCGGAGAGACUUCUUUCUGGAAGCCGUGAAAACACAGACACCUUUCUGAGGACCCUGGUGAAGCUGGCCCAAGAUGGACAGCAGGACACCAGGUUCUAUGGGCGCAGGAUGUUCAGCUUGGUUAUGACUCACCCUAAAUUUGAAGGACACAUGGAGCGUUUGAUACCCUCACACGACCUGCGGGACAUAAUAGCCACCAUUAAGCAGAAAGAAAUCAGCAACAGUCUGUCGGAACUACCCUCUGCAAAGAAGCACAGACCAAUUCAAAAGAGCAGCGCGCCGCCCGCGCAGGACAGCCAGGAGCCGGACCAGGGCAGAGAAGUCGAGGUGGAACCCGGACCCCAGGAGUCCCCGGGUCCACGCCGGCAGCCGGUUCGCGCGGCAGAAGUGACGGAGCAGCUGAAGGAACUCAAUAAAUUACUAACAGCCAAGGAGUAUCAGAGCAAGAUGGAAGGAAUAACCCUGCUUCUAGAUCACUGCAAAAACAAUGGGAAGUUUGUCUCCUCAAAUAUUACCCAGAUUUUUGAUUCAUUUAAUCCAAGACUACAGGAUGCCAACAAGAAAGUAAACCAGCAUGCCCUGGAGUCGGCAGCUGUCAUGAUCCCCCUGCUGAAGGACAGCUUGCAUCAUGUUCUGGUCCCGAUGAUCACCGUAGUUACAGACAAUUUGAAUUCAAAGAAUAGCGGCAUCUAUUCCGCGGCUGUGAUAGUCGUAGACCGGCUAUUUACUCACAUAGAUCAUUUGUGGCUGUUACAACCGUUUGCAAGCAGGGUGCGUUUCACCAGCGGACGGUCCAUGAAUAACGUGACAGAACGACUGUCCGUGCUUGUGUCCUCGGUCUACCCUCGGAAACCUCAAGCCGUGGAACGCCACGUUCUUCCAGUUCUCUGGUACUUCUUGAGUAAUAUGACAGGGAAUGGAGUCAUGCCAGGACGGAACGGGAACUUCAAGGACGUGGUCAGCAAGCUGGCCAAAAACCUACACAACGUAAUGGGACCCAGCCUUGAGGAGUACGCGGCUGGCCAACCGCAACACGCCGUAAAAAUGCUGCGUGACCUUCUCGGCAUUAAACACUAAUAGAUACGUGUAGCAUGUUGUAGGAUGUAUGUAAUGACCUCGUUAGCCAUAUUGGGCAGCCAAUUGGCAUCUUAAAAA